UAUCCUGGUUGCAUCGUCCUGAUUAUUGCAUAUUCUCGUCGCUUUCCUCAAUCCCAUCACUUUCUUUAGCCUGUCCUUAUUCUCGACAUUUCUCACGGAUGGCUUCUCAUUGCUGCAUGCAAUGAUUUCUCCGUUUUUGCAUGUUGUUAGGACUAAGGCGGGUCAAAACUCGUAAAUAUCGUACUGUCCGAUCCUUGAGCUUGCAUGAAGUAUGAUUUUCUGACUCGACGCAAAUCCCAGAUGGCUCUUAACCAGUUUAGGGCAUUAUUUCGUCAGGAACAUAAGCGAUUGGGGCCAGAUGUUUCUUCACUCUUAGACAGUGACGGUACUUUGACAUAUGGAUUCGAGCUCUCGAAUGACCCCGAUCAACUCGUCUAUGACCUCUACACCCAUGAAAUACCCAGCACCGACGAGAGGGUUUUGAUACCCUGUACGGAAACCUGCUUCAACUUUCCUCUGGCCAGUAAUAUCCACAUAACCACCAUCCCCGCCUGGAACCUGGUUAUUGGUGGCUUGAACCGUGUCUCCAUCACCGACACUAGACAUAAAUACCCUACACCAAUGUGGACAAGCCAUAAAUUUUACAUCCCGUUUGAAUCUGCAUGCGGGCAUGCCUUUGCCUUAGGGGUGAGUAUGAACCAGAUCCUCCGCGGGAAUCAGUCUUGCUUGAAAUACGCGGACCAAUAUCCCAAGGCCCUGGCGGGACUCUCGUUUAUCGAUGUCGUGUUCCACUCGAACGGCUACCUCCCUCAGUAUAUUCGGGUCGCGUUGAAGUGCUCGCAUGUCUCGGCGCCACGAUAUAUCGAUGUCGCGUUCAGCGUCGCACUUGGUUAUCGUACGAUCUUGAGGAGAGAAGCGUCGAAGAUCUCUCCUUCACGUACGGAUGAGGGUUUCCCGUUUGUGACCGAUGAGGACUGCCUCAAGUUGGUGGCACUUUAUUCGAAGGACAGGCAUGUAUGGUGGGCUGAAGUGGCUAUUUGUGACUACGUUAUGACUUGUAAUUAGGCCCAUUUGUCGUGAUCAGCCAAUCAUUGGUUCACUGAUGCUGGCAUUUAUUACGUGACUCGGAUGUGUUGCAGUCGCGAUCUCAGCUCAACAGUAGCUACGCGGCUCAAAUACAACAAUUGACUCCAACGGAGUGAUGGAGCUUUCAAGAAAGAAUAUUAAUGUGAAGCACAAGUUCAGGCUGGGGUAGUACUUCUUAGACGUGUCAAGGUCACAUGCGCGCGAUUUUACUGGGCCGUGGGAAAACGGUCGACUAGUUUCUUCUUUUCCUCCCACAUACUAACACGGUAAAGACGGAGAAGAAUGCGCCAAUUCAUUGGCCCUCCUUACAUCACAUCCUGUGACUGUGCUGCAGUUGGCAGAUUCUGCAGAGGCGACUAAUAUUUGAACCCGGUAUUUU